GUUUAUUCGGAGAUUAACUAGCUUACUAUGGCUCGUACUAAGCAAACUGCUCGUAAGUCAACUGGUGGAAAGGCUCCACGUAAACAACUGGCUACCAAGGCCGCCCGUAAGAGCGCGCCAGCCACUGGCGGAGUCAAGAAGCCACAUCGUUACCGUCCCGGAACAGUCGCUCUUCGUGAGAUUCGUCGUUACCAAAAAAGCACUGAACUUCUCAUCCGUAAAUUACCAUUCCAACGUCUGGUUCGUGAAAUCGCUCAGGACUUCAAGACUGACCUGAGAUUCCAGAGCUCUGCUGUGAUGGCUCUCCAGGAAGCCAGCGAAGCCUACCUCGUUGGACUGUUUGAAGACACCAACCUCUGUGCCAUUCACGCCAAACGUGUUACCAUCAUGCCCAAGGACAUCCAAUUGGCUCGUCGUAUUCGAGGAGAACGUGCUUGAGUUAUUUCAACAUCCAACAUUAACAAACCAAACGGCCCUUUUCAGGGCCAUUAAAUUUUUCAUACUAAGAAAAUUUCUUAAGUUCAUGUUCUUGAACUUCAUUGGAUCAAUUACACAAAUUAUUUUCCUCGCUCACCUAAAUCAUUAAUAAUUACACUUUCCAGUCCUGUCUUCAUACACAAAUCCUCUAUUUUAUCCGUAUUAAUUUUCAGCUCCAUCUUUUAUAAUAUACAAGAAAUUUAUCCAGUCUCUCCUGGAUAAGUUUGAUGUUUUUUGCAUCUCUAUAUAGGUCAUACAAUGAGAAUAGCAACAACCCUAGGAUUGAGCCCUGUAGUCCAAGCUGUUAUAUUUUAUCUUUGCGAAGGGAAAUCAUCAGUAAUUGCUUGGAAAAUUCUAUUAGAUAGCUAGUGUUGAAUCCCUGCUUAAAAAAUCCGAUGGAUUCUUAUAACUAUAUGUAUAAGACCUUAUACUUAACUAUAUCGCUUCUCAUACAAAUCAUUCAUUCUUAUAAAAUCUCUGGGAAUUUAUGAGAAUCUAUUGGAUUCUAUGAGAUUUUCUAAACAGGGAUUAGUUUGCUUUGAUGUUAAAACAAGUUGAGCUUAUAUAGUUUAUAAAAUAGCCUCUCAUAACAAACGGUACCGAAGGCUUCUUCGGUAUCUAUAAGUACCACCUGUGUAGAUAUGUUUGUUGAAGUUAUUUGAAAUGUAUGUUAUUUAUACUAAUUGGUGGGCGUGCU